GGUAGAGGCGUCUGCGAGCGGCCAGCUUUGCUGGCGGACCGCGUCGAGUGUCCCCACCAUCCCCAGUUACCCCACCCCCACCCCCAGCUCGGUGCCGCGUCGUCACCAUGUCCCUGGCGGCCUCGGCGGGCCGGGGCCCGGGGGCCUUGUGGUCCCCCACUCACGUACAGGUGACGGUGCUGCAGGCGCGAGGCCUGCGGGCCAAGGGCCCCGGGGGCACGAGCGACGCGUACGCGGUGAUCCAGGUGGGCAAGGAGAAGUACGCCACGUCGGUGUCGGAGCGCAGCCUGGGCGCGCCGGUGUGGCGGGAGGAGGCCACCUUCGAGCUGCCGCCGCUCCUGGCCUCCGGCGCAGCGCCCCCGGCCGCCGCCACCCUGCAGCUCACCGUACUGCACCGCGCGCUGCUCGGCCUCGACAAGUUCCUGGGCCGCGCCGAGGUGGACCUGCGGGAGCUGCACCAGAACCAGGGCCGCCGCAAGACGCAGUGGUACCCCUUGAAGUCCAAGCCAGGCAAGAAGGACAAGGAGCGAGGCGAGAUCGAGGUGGACAUCCAGUUCAUGAGGAACAACAUGACGGCCAGCAUGUUCGACCUCUCCGCCAAGGACAAGUCCCGGAACCCGUUCGGGAAGCUCAAGGACAAACUCAAGAGCAAGAAUAAGGACAGCGCCUCAGACACCAGCUCGGCCAUUGUGCCCAGCGCCACAGCCUCCGUGGACAGCGACGACGACGGCGAGUCUCCCGCGAAAGACAAGAAGAAGCGGUCGAAGAUCAAGACCUUGUUUUCCAAGUCCAACCUGCAGAGAACGCCGCUCUCACAGUCUAUGUUGGUCCUGCCCACCACGAAGACUGACAAGACGCUGCUGCGGCCCGGAGACUUGCAGUCCCGCUGGGGGGACGAUGAGGAUGAAGAUGAGGCCUCCUCCUCGUCGGACGUCACAUAUCACAAGAGAACAGCCAGCGGGGAUCAGAAGCAGCUGAGCCAGAUCAACUUCACCCUCCCCAAGAAGGAAGGCCUGUCCUUCCUGGGUGGCCUUCGGUCCAAACACGACUCCCUGUCCCGCUCCAACGUCUGUAUCAACGGGAGCCAUGUGUACCUGGAGCAGCCGGAAGCCAGGAGCGAGACCAAGGAUAGCAGCGCGUCAUCUUCACCGUCCCCCCAGGGCUUCCGGAAGAAGCACCUGUUCUCAUCCACCGAGAACCUGGCCUCACGGCCCUCGAAGGAGCCCAUGGACGGGGGCGACAGGUGGCUUGCUGAGCCCCCCACCAAGGACCCCAGCAAGUCCAUGUCCCUGCCGUCUUACCGACCCCAGGCCAGCGGGGACUCCUGGGAAGAGAGGGCUCCGGCCACCACGGAGGCUGCCAGGGAAAACCAGGAGACCAAAAAGCAGGAAAACAAGAAGUCCUCCUUGCUGUCUCUGGUGACGGGGAAGAAGGAAGUGGCCAAAAGCAGUGAGGGCGAGAGCACCACGGCCGGGCCGGCCCGGGACAAGGAAAGCAAGGUGGGGCCGGGGGAAGACCUUGGACGGAGAGCUGAGAAGGACGCGCCUGGCGUCUCCUCCAGCCCCUUUGAAGAUGUGCCCAUCACAGAACCAGAAGCUGACCCCGAGGUCAAGCCUGGCCCAAAGGCACCUGUGCCCACACCACGGGCUCCCCAGACCAAAGCCGUCAAGCCUCGACUUCAUCCUGUAAAACCAAUGAACACGAUGGUCCCCAAGGGCACCACCUCCAACUUGGGGACUGCCACCAUCAUCAGUGAGAACCUGAUCAACGAAGCCAUGAUGAAGAAGUACAACCCCUCAGACCCUGCGUCUGCCUACGCACAGCUCACCCAUGACGAGCUGGUCCAGCUGGUUCUCAAGCAGAAGGAAGCCAUAAGCAAGAAGGAGCUGCAGGUGCGCGAGCUGGAGGACUACAUCGAUAACCUGCUGGUCAGGGUCAUGGAGGAGACCCCCAACAUCCUCCGCAUCCCGACGCCAGCUGGUCGGAAGGCCGGCAAGAUGUGACCCAGCGCUGGCAAGGCCGUGUGACUGGGUCCCCAGCUGCGCGCUCUGCAUCUCCACCUCCACAGCGAGUGGUUGGUUCUACCACUGGAAGCCAGGUUCAUUAUUUCCACAAAGUCUUCUACUGUAACGUUCCUGGGGGUUCACCCUCCCAUGCCACUGUGCCUUUUAAAGCUCGGCUGUAAAUGUUUUAUGUCCAUCAGACACCGGGUCAGAAGAUCCGAUCUGAGCCAGAGACUGGGCGCGAGAGCCCCCUGCUGCCUGGGCUGUGUUCCCCAGCUCUUCUCUGUAAUCCAGGGAUUUUUCUAAUCAGGGUGGACUGGGAAGGGCCAUGCCGAUGGUGCUGUGACACACACACACACACACACACACACACGCAUACACUCUCUCGAUGUUGGGGGUUUUUGCUACCACAGAGGCCUUUGCCUGGGGUCAGGAGGGUUGCCCACCUCGUUCAGUGCCUUGGCUGGGGGAGGCAGUGCCAGCCACCUCCUGGAGCAGCAGCAUUCGCAGGUGUAGAGUUCUGCCACUGCUAUCCGUGCCUUCGCCCGGCUUGCGGUUUCCUAGGUGACCAUGGGAAGAGCAGUUUUGGGGGUGGCAGGAAGCAGGACAGGACCACCCGUGCCUUAUGGCGAAGCGGCCUGUUAGCUGUGCAGGGCCCAGGGGCAACCUUGGCCUUGAGCCCCCACACAGGGCUUGCAAUGCUGCCGUGGGGUUCAUCCCCUGCCCCCUCCUGCAACACAGACAC